CACACUUUGCGCGCGCUAUCACGAGAAGACGCGCCAUCCUCCAGCGCGUUGGUACGAUUUAUGUUUUGAAGCGCGUAUAAACCAUGCCGCGCACAUGAGCUUCAUCCAGCGCGUCGACAGCGCCGCGCCCUUGGGCUACACAACCCCCACCUUCCCCUCCCUCUACUGGCCGCUCCCCAUCAGCUCCGCCCAGAAGCACUACCUGUACUACCCCGGGGAUAUUCUGCGCUUCACACUCUACUGGACGCUGCUGCUGUUCGGCGGCAUACACCUGAUUGUCGGACUGUGGGCGUGUAUUAUACAAUGGCGGAAUUGGAAGAUCAUAUGGAUUGCACCGCUACUGUUCGCGCUUGUUGGGGCAAUUGAGGGCGCAAUGUCAGGAGCAAUCGUUGGGGGGCUACUUGGGGGAGUUUAUCAGGCGGGCUAUUUUGAGAUGAGUACAUGGAUACCCUUUGUUUGGGCGGUGAUUAGUGUGUUGGUACUUAUCCUGUCGUCCUUUGCCAUCUAUGGAGGGCUUUGAGGGCUGUACUAGGAAUACCCUGGAAUGAAUCAGACUGAUUUGGUAUUUGUCUAUGUUUGGUAUUCGAUGAACAAAAGCAUAAGAAAUUCAAACAAAAGACUAUGCAUACAGUCGCCCAGCAGUUGGAUAUUCAACUGGCCCGCUUGAGAAACUACAAUGACCCACCGGCUCUUCACCAUCGGGGUCUUGUUUCUCCGAGGCAACCACGCCCCACUGCACAGGAUACAAGCUUGCGUCUACGUCACUCGAUGGAGGAUGACAAGCUGCACUGAUAGCUGCCGAGCAACUACUCGCUAGGGGUAUUCCAGCCGGAUAUCGCAGAUUUCCAAUCGCAAGCCCACCUACUGCGAUCAUAGACCCAAUUGCA